GCACCAGCUGGCCGUUGUCAAAAUCCAACGCUGCCAACCCGAUGGUGGAAAAGUGUUCUGUGCUGGGAGAGCUAGUAUCACUAAAAGAUAUACAAGAGGGCUGGAAAUCUCUGCUGUUGCUGGUGGACCAUGGCUCUAGAGUGAGUGCAAAAAAUCACGAGAGGCAGGACGUGAAGGAAAAAGGAUUCGUCAAGAUUUAUGUUCGUUUUCACAUAUCUUCUGAAUUUAGGCUAAUUGUGAUAUAAGCUGUUAAUUUUCUGUUACCAAUCGACAAAUCUCCAGCUGUUCGGUGCUGGUGAAUGAACGCGCAGUUAGAUUCAAAACGGGUACCAUAAUGAAUGUAGUGAAAAUUUUCCAUAGCUCGCUAUCUGUUCUGGGGUGUGUUUAUUUUAGUGAGCUCAGCCAUUUUGGAAAAUCAUUUCCUUCGCAUAAGUAGAAAAUUCUGAGCUGAAUAUUAGUGAAUUUUUAGUAAAUGGUGUGAAUAGAUGUGUAGGAUAAUCGGAAAUUUCGCUGAUGUAUAAGUAGUAAAAUAAUUCCAAAGGAGUACUGAAAUGAGCAGAAGCCGUCGUUCUUCAUUUGGGCAUAGCCACUAUCAGCAGCAGUUUACUGUCACUUCAACAAUUAACUACGGCGAUGGAUUAUGUGAUAAUGGAGCGAAUGCGCCUCAAAAUGGGGCUCCGUCUCCUUCGAGGUUUAGCGAAUCAUCCUAUUCCAACUUGGGAACCCGUUUGACGGCAUUUGUGACCCCUCCUAGUGGCGAGUGCUACCGAAAUGAUGAAAAUUUGCGGCCUUGCUGUAUUCCUCCACCAUCCUCUACAGCACAACCACCAUCGAGCGAUCGAUAUUCCACCAGCUCGGCCCCCACAUCCAUUAUCGCGUAUCCUGAUAACAGAAAUGCACCUCAUCAUCGCUCAAUGUCACCCAGUUCCAGAACGCGCUAUCCUGUCCCGGAAAGGUUUCGUGAUCCCCCGGCACCCAAAACAGAUCAGUUUGGAAAUUAUUUGAUUAAUAACCCUCCCCUAAUGACCAGUUCAGAAAGCUACAAUUAUUUGACCUCGACUGUACAUACACCUGUUAAGCGUUAUAUACCAACACCACCCCCGCCGGAAAACUAUCAACAAGACAUGGGAAUCGGCCCUACCAUAAUGGCCGGACUGAUAGCCACGAAAGGAGGAAUCAACAUCAUCAACCAAUCAGUUCCAAGGACACCUAUAGUAAGCACUCUACCAUACCGUCUGAAAGUAGAAUCCAAAGUAUCGUCGGGGCAACAUUUAUCCGAAGAUGCAACCGAUCAUUAUGCCACGCCUCCUCGUGCAAGGCCAGUUAAAUGCCAGCAACCACUUUGCACUUUUGCGCAAUCUGCCACACUUGGAAGGCAAACACUGCAGCUGUGCCCCGGAGCUUCGGAGUAUUCAAUGCUUCGUACACCGACACCUGUAAGUAUCAUGAGUGAACCCAUGAGUGCAAACCCUACCGAUGAAGAAAAUUGCUACCACUGCAGUAGCCUCCGCAGAGCCACCGGUGUUCAUCAAACCACUCAAACUUCCGGUCCAAUCAGCCCCCAACCACUGUCUAUUUCAUCCGUAUCGAUGUCUGAAAUGGAACGCCAAUCCCCACUCAGCCCUCCGUCACUUGUAUCGCACACUUCCUACUCCCAUCAGCAUCCUCUGGUAGCUCCGGGAGAUGACGGUCGAAAUGCAUCCUCCCUAAUAAUCUCCCAGUCACAUACGCUCAAUAGUUCGUGCAGCAACCCAUCAAUUAUAAUCCAGUACCAACAGCAACACAUCCAACACCAACAGAUCCAACAGCAACCUCUCUAUCAACAGCUUCAACAACUGCAACAGCAACACGCACAGCAUCAACAUCAAUCGCUUCCCCUCCAGCAAAUCCCUACGCCCAGACUACAACCAGAUUCAACACCAUCUACGCUUCAACGCAACACUCAACCGCAAAUGCGAACUCGACUGUCGCACAAACAGCGCAUAAAAGAGUAUCUACGGCGAAGUACUUCGCAGUUCUUUGGAGUUGAUCAGUUCAACGAAGAAUACGAACAGCAGAAGUGGGAAGACCGCCAGAAACGAUUAGCCAUUCGACGAUUUGGACCACUGAAAGAAGACGUUGUGGUGGGAAGAGUGAACGAAGUCCACGUGGAUGUGUUGAACGAACACAGCGAUCGGCCAGACGUUCUGCCUGCACAGAGCCAAGACGAACCGGAAACGGAACAAAAUCGACGCCAGCGAUUCAACCCGUACUACAGACACGACGGCAGCGAUGGUUUUCAAGUCGAACGAAAGCCGUCUGUUUCACAGAUGAUUGCGAAUGGGUUCGUUUUCGUGGUACAAAGCUUGAGAAAUCGAAUCCCCAGAAGACAAAAACAAUGGUCUAGGAGCUUCGCUCCUGGGCACGUUGCUUUGAACAAUGAUGAUAACGACAUGUGCGAUGGGUUAACGCCAAUCCAAGAUGACGAACUGUUUUUCGAUAUCCCAACGCUGAGCAACCAGCAACAGGUAGAUCACGACUUGGGAGCAGAUGGUUCUCGGCAAAUUUACAUGAUCGAUCCAAACCGAGCAACGGUCAGCAACGGUUGGAUAACGAAGUCAGCGGAACUCCAAAUUCAACAGCAACGACCCGUACGUGGAAGGAAUGGUAUUUAUCAGUACUAUGGCCAACGUAUAACGGCGCACAUUUUGGAUAGCGUAUUAGACAACUCUCGACGUCCCUCCGGCCACAACAUCAAGCUUCUGAGGCCAGAAUCGCUAGACGACCGCUACGAUUAUCGGCCAUUUUUCGCCUAUUGGGUGAACACGACGCAUAUAUUGGUGCUGCUGCUCACACUUUUAUGUUACGGAAUAGGCCCGAUAGGAACGGGCUAUGAACCGAAAACGAGCCAAGUUCUUGUAACUAGUUUAAGCUUACAGAUGGUAACUCACUACGAGCACCAAAAUAUAUGGAUCGGCUUAAGAAGAGAUGACCUCGUUCAUGUGGGGGCAAAGUACGCCCCGUGCAUGCAUCGAGAUAUGAAGAUAAUGGAAUUGAUAUCGAAAACACGGAAGCAAGAACGAGAAACGGCCUGCUGUAUACGAAACGAUGACUCCGGAUGUGUUCAAAGUUCGCAAGCUGACUGCUCCGUCCGUGGACUGUGGCCAACGACUAUUUCAACGUGGAAGAAAUGGUCUCCCGGAGAUUCGGGUCCAGGUGGACGGAUAUCUGGCAGCGUGUGUGGUCUAGAUCCAAAGUUCUGUGACGCUCCGGCGUCGAUCGCACCUCAUGAGUGGCCGGACGACAUAACCAAGUGGCCCAUCUGUAGGAAAAAUAAUCAAGUUUCCCAAAAGUUUCGCAUGAAGGAUCACACCGCCGAGCAUAUGGUGUGCGAGGUUAUAGGUCAUCCAUGCUGCAUGGGAAUCACGGGAGAAUGUCGAAUCACCACUAGGGAGUAUUGCGACUUUGUGCGAGGAUAUUUUCACGAAGAGGCCUCGCUGUGUUCACAGGUUUCUUGUCUGAAUGAUGUGUGCGGAAUGUUUCCAUUCAUCGGCACCGACAUGCCGGAUCAGUUCUAUAGGCUGUUCACGUCACUGUACCUUCAUGCAGGUAUUUUGCAUAUAUUGCUUACCUUUGCCUUCCAGCACAUUCUCCUGGCGGAUUUGGAGCGUCUGUUGGGAUCUCUUCGUACCGCGAUUUUGUACAUUGGUUCCGGCAUUGCUGGAAACUUGACGAGUGCAAUUUUUGUGCCGUAUCGCCCGGAGGUUGGACCACUGCCAUCACUAGCAGGGACGAUUUCAUCGCUCCUUACGCUGCUGAUUCUGUGCCACUGGCGGAAUCUCAAGCGACCCCACAUAGCUUUGCUCAAAGUAAUCGUCGUAGGAGUUUUAGUGUUCGGUAUGGGAAUGGUGCAGUGGCAGCAGAACUUCACCGGCUUGAUAUCGGGAUUGAUCUUUGGAUCAACGUUCACGCUGGCUCUUACACCGUACCUUCACGUGAGAAAACACACGAGGAAACGAAAGAUAAACCUAAUCUGGACGUGUUUCGUACUUCAGUUCGUGCUUUACAUGUUUAUGUUUCUUGCGUUCUAUCUGUUUCCGUCUCCAUUCUCGCUCAACUUUGUGGAUGGUAAUCAAAUUUCCAGCAUCAAUGACAAUGGCGGUGUACACGAUAGCUUCAAUCCUUACGAUACUUUCAACUACUUCAACAAUAAAAAUAGUGAUAGAAACGGCUUGGGCGGUUCCGCCGAUAAUGGGGCUGGGGGCGAUCAAACUUCAAACGGGCAUCGGGAAUACGAUCGAGGUGGUGGUGGCGGAGGAGGCCGUGGAGACAGCGGAGGACGUUACGGAAACGGAGGAGCUAUCAGCAUGUCUGGCGGAACGAUCAAGAAUAUUAACCCGAAAUACAAUAAUAUGCAUAGCAGCAGCAACGCAGAUCUUAACGCUAAAACUAAUACUUUUAAAGAGGUAGCUAUAUGUGAAAAGGGGAAGUGCAAUCUGCGUCCGAACGCAUGACGUCGAAGUGUUUUAUGGUUUAUUCCAUUGCAGUUAGUUUACAUUUUUUUCAUUCUCGCAAUUAUUAUUGUAACGUUACGCGAUAACGAAUAUAUACUGAUAUACUAUAUAUACUAUGAAUAAAGAAAACAGGAAAACGGCAAGUAAACGUCUGAUUUGGUGGAAAACAUAA